GGCCAGUACGAUGGAACCUCGCAGACUUCACUUCAUCAAAGACUCGGUUGUCCACAUCAUCAGUGUCUUGCUGAGCCAACCGAAUAAGAAGCUUGCGUCGCUGUCGGUCAUGAAUCAUGCAGAGACUGACUAUGUCUCCAACACGCUCUCCAACCGCACAAGUCUUCGAGUUCCUGGAGCAGAACUUCUUCACAGUGCAUUCGAGAGGAUCGCUACCAGCACCCCAGACGCUAUUGCCAUCGACUUUGACGGGAAGGAGAUCGUGUCGUAUGCACUUCUCGAUAGACUUUCGAAUCGGUUCGCUCAAACUCUCAUUGCUCAUGGCAUCUCUCCAGGAGACCUGGUGCCUCUGAUGCUUGAGAAGUCAGUAGACAUGAUGAUUGCCAUUCUAGGCGUCAUGAAGGCCGGAGGAGCGUAUGUCCCUCUGAGUCCGGAUAAUCCGAACGAAAGGAACGGCUUUGUGGUUUCCGAUACAAGAUCCAAGCUCCUCGUGGUCCAUCCGCAGCAUGCUGAAUUCGGAGCCUACGUCAAGCAACUCUACAGCGUUGAGACACUGACCAUGCCAAGUCACGGAACGCUUAGCACCGUCUCGAGCGAUGGAUCCGAUGCCAACAUUGCGCCUAUAACACGCACGACACCCGACAACAUUGCUUACAUGAUCUACACAUCUGGCAGCACUGGCAUGCCCAAGGGCGUCAUGGUACCUCACCGAGCGGCCGCGGCUGCAGUCACCAGCAUGGCACAGGUGGAAGGCCGGUUCGAGGGCACCUGGCGGACUCUGCAGUUCGCUAAUUACGUCUUCGACGCAUCGGUUCAAGACUUCUUCAACACGCUCAGCACUGGCGGAACACUCUGUAUGGCGCCCACCGAAACUUUACUUUCCGACAUUGCUGGAUGCAUCAACCGGAUGGAUGUGAGGCAGGCAAUCAUCACGCCAACGGUCGCGAAGCUCUUCAGUCCGGAAGAUGUGCCAGGCUUCGAGACUCUGAUUGUGGGCGGUGAGCCUCUGACGCCGGAUGUUGUUGAUGUUUGGAGCCCUCACUGCAAGAUCUUGAAUGUUUACGGUCCAACAGAGACAUCCAUGGUGGUGACGACCAAGAGCAUCGAGUCGUCAUCAGGUGUCACGAGUCAUCGAAUUGGCAACAUUGGAGCUCCUUUCUCAACUGCCAUGGCUUUCAUCCUUAGCCCAGAUGGUGAGACUUUUGUGCCGUACGGCGCUGUUGGCGAGCUGUGCAUCGCAGGGCCACAAGUGACCGACGGCUACAUGAACCGGCUAGACUUGACAGAAGCCGCCUAUGUCGACAGUAAAUCCCUUGGUAUGCGCAUCUAUCGUACAGGAGAUCUAGCGCGCUGGCUUCCAGGGGGUGAGAUCGAGUGUCUCGGACGAAAGGACAAUCAGGUCAAGGUCCAUGGCCAUCGCAUCGAACUUGGAGAGGUCGAAAACUCCAUCCGCCGUUCCGGACUCGUCAAGGAUACGGUGGCAUUAGCUGCUACCAUCCAAGGCAAGGCCCAUCUUAUCGCAUUCUGCAUCUUUGACGAAGCUUCUGCAGCCAUUGGCCCAACUGGUGUUCAGGAUCCGUCAACCUUCCGAGACUCUCUUGCUGAACUGCGCGAGAAUCUGAGUUCGCUGGCGACGUACAUGGUUCCGAAGUUUGUUGUUCCAAUGGACGCUUUCCCCAAGCUGCCCUCGCGCAAAGUCGACCGCAAAGCACUGAAAGUGCUGGCCAACGAACUCGACAGGGAGUACUUGGCGCAAUGCGUGCUUGAGUCUCCUGGCGAGAAUCAUCAAGUUGUCCCAGUCCAGGCGCCAUCAGAAGAGAUCCUGGAAAUCGUCUGGGCUGACAUCUUCAGCAUCCCGCAGAAUGAUAUUGGGCGUGAGGCGAAUUUCUUCACGCUUGGGGGUGAUUCGAUUUCUGCCAUCAGCCUCACGGGCCAGUUGCGACGAGUAGGCUACUCGCUAACGGUGCUUGAUAUCCUCAAGACCCCCAAGUUGAAGGAUAUGGCCUCCACUCUGCGCAAGAUAGAAGCACGCGGUCAGGUGGUUGAGCGCUCCUUCGAGGUCCCUCCGUCAAUCAAGGUAGCUGCCCAGGAAGUUGGGAUAGUAUGGGAUACAGAUGUCGAUCAUGUGUACCCAUGCCCUCCUGGUCAAGCCGAGUUCCUCAAACAGGGCAGCCGAGAGUCGCAAAUGUGGGCGCUGCAGACUGUCCGACGUAUGACGGCGGACGUCGAUCCGGACAUAUGGAUUGAAGCAACGACUCGACUCACUGAAGUAAACGAAAUCCUGCGGACGACUUGGAUCGAUACUCCCGAAGCUGGCUGGGUCGGAGUUGUUCUUGAUGGCUCUGAGCUGGAUAUUACCAAGGUGGCCUUGAACUCCGAGUCAGAGUCUUCGAGCUUCAUUGAAGAGUUCUGGCAGGCUCGUUUUGAGUUUGGUCGUCCCUUCAUCAAAUAUGCUAUCAUAGCCUAUGGCGAUGCAUCUUGGGAUCUCGUCAUCAAGAUGGAUCACGCUGUUUACGACGGCACUUUGCUUCGCGUAUUUGAUGACCACUUUGGCGCCAUUCUUCGGGGCGAAAGCGUACCGCCACCAGUGGAGUUUCGCGACUUCUCUCAGCAUGUCUUUGAGGAAGACAAGACAGCUAGUCUUGGGUACUGGAAAGCAAAGAUGGAUGGGCUAGGGCCUGUCAACCAGCAGCUGCAUGGCCGAGAUCUUGCUGCGGCCCCCUCGCCAAAGAUCACUGCCAGCUUGCGGAGAGAGAUUGUGACGACAGACAUUGACCAAGCAGCUUCUCGCCUUGGAGUUACUCCGAGCAUCAUCUUCCAGGGAGCGUUUUCCCUUUGGCUUGCUGCAGCGACCGAGGCUACGGAUAUCCGCUUUGACUAUUUGCUGAGCGGUCGCAACGUAGCGCUGCCGGAUCCUCAGUCCAUCAACGGAACACUGGCCAACUUCUUGCCAUUCCGAACGUUCGUUGGUCCGAAGGAGUUGGUGCACGACUUCCUCGCGAAGUUACAAGACGACUUUUGGGAUGUAACCGAGAACGGCCUCGUCGGCCUUGACGAUAUUUACGGCGUCGCUGGUCUAUCUCGCGAGACACACGGUAACCGAGUCUUGUUCCUCUCUCAACCGUUCGAGCCAGCAGCCAAGGAUGAUCCGAAUGGCCGCUACCGAUGGCUUGUCAUGGCGAAGUCGAAGGUGCGCAUGUACCAGCCAUACGCGCUGGUCGUCGAAGUGUCCAAGUCGCUGGGUGAUCGUCACAUACUGAAGGUCAUGUAUGACGACACCAUCUUGGAUGUGACAGUGGCGGAAAGUAUUGCAGAUGGUAUCGUUGCCUUGGUCGAGGUUCUGACGGAUGCCACCAACGCGAAUCUGGCACUUGAAGAGUUGUGACUCGGACCGAGGUCUUGCUGUAGGACGAUAGAGGCUUUGCUUGGUAUAGAAUAAACGACCGUUUCCUAAUUCUGGUUUCAGCUCAACUCAACUCCGGGGAUGAUAUCUUCACAAGCUGUGGUCAUUGAGAUCAAUAUCGCUGGACGACGCGUGAAGAGACGGUGUGUGGUCAUGAUUGAAGCCUUGGCGCUCACUUCGGCAAUUACCUCCGGAAAUCAAGACAUGAUAUUUCUUGGCAAAAAGAAAUGCCAAGUGGCCAAGUGGCCAAGACAUCGACCAAAUUGACUGAAGCUUUGGGGCGUUGAGCUCACGGGCAGGAGUCCUUUCUUGGCCAACCCUCCACAAUUCCUCCACGAUCCACCAUCCACAUCACGACGCGGG